CAGGGAUCCUCGCCUACCGGAGCGCAAGAGCUAGAGAAUCCGCUGCUCCCUUUCCCCUCGGGGGCUUGGCUGCGGGUUACUCUGCUGGUGAUAGACUGAGGUGUCUGAUGGGGCCUCUUAGAGCGUUAUGGGAAGAGGAAUUAACAUGUAACCGGACAUCUGAAUCAUUCUGCAUUUAAAUCAAAUGAGUACCAUUCUAGAUCUCGAAACGUCUUCUGUGUAAGCAAGGCCAAGAUGACCAGCUCAGCUCGGGAACAUCUCCUUUUUGUGCGACGGCGCAAUCCCCAGCUACGCUACACUUUAAGUCCAGAGAACCUCCAGAGUUUGGCAUCUCAGGGCACUGUGCCUGAGAACAUGAACUUGCAACGUGCCAACAGUGACACUGAUCUAGUGACUUCUGACAGCCGCUCUAGUUUGACUGCAAGCAUGUAUGAAUACACUUUAGGGCAGUCUCAGAACCUCAUCAUUUUCUGGGAUAUUAAAGAAGAAGUGGAUCCCACAGACUGGAUAGGACUUUAUCAUAUUGAUGAGAAUUCACCAGCAAACUUCUGGGAUUCUAAGAAUCGUGGUGUGACUGGAACACAGAAAGGGCAAAUAGUAUGGCGAAUUGAACCUGGCCCAUAUUUCAUGGAACCUGAAAUCAAGAUCUGUUUUAAAUACUACCAUGGUAUAAGUGGAGCCCUGCGAGCAACAACUCCAUGUAUCACUGUGAAAAACCCUGCUGUGAUGAUGGGGGCAGAAGGCACUGAAGGUGCUUCAGCAAGUCAACACUGCCGGAAAUUAGUUAGCUUUACACUUUCAGAUAUUAGAGCGGUUGGACUAAAAAAAGGAAUGUUCUUCAAUCCUGAUCCUUACUUAAAGAUGUCCAUUCAGCCUGGAAAAAAGAGCACGUUUCCUACGUUUGCCCACCAUGGCCAGGAAAAGCGGUCUACUAUCACCAGUAACACAACUAAUCCAGUUUGGCACAGAGAGAAAUAUUCUUUUGUAGCACUUCUAACUGAUGUCUUGGAAAUUGAAAUCAAAGAUAAGUUUGCCAAGAGUCGUCCAAUCAUCAAGCGCUUUCUUGGAAAGCUCACUAUACCAGUUCAGAGACUAUUGGAAAGACAUGCAAUAGGAGACCAAAUUCUCAGCUAUAACCUUGGUCGAAAGCUUCCUGCUGACCAUGUAAGUGGCUGUCUUCAAUUCAAGGUAGAGAUCACAUCUUCUAUUCAUGAAGAUGCUUCACCAGAAACAGUGGGAACCCUGCUUGGAGUGAACUCUGUAAAUGGAGACUUAGGCAGCCCUUCUGACGAUGAGGAUAUGCCUGCAGGGCAUCAUGAUUCCCCUACACUUUGCUCAAAUGGUCCAAUCCUUGAUGAAUCAGCUGUAGAUGCCACCCCAAGGCAUUCUCUGAGGACUAGCACAACUCUGGAAACAGAUCAGGAGGAUUUGAUCUCUGCAGCUUCAAGGUCUUCACCUCCCAGAGGUCGCCAAGACUCUCUGAAUGACUAUCUAGAUGCAAUAGAACAAAGCAAUAAUUCUAGACCCGGAACCUCUGCCUGCAAUGAGCGUGCUGUUGGGGCGUCCCCAAAAUUAAGGAGUAGCUUCCCUACUGAUACUAGACUUAAUGCUAUGCUGCACAUUGACUCUGAUGAAGAGGAGCAUGAAUACCACCAAGCUUUGGGUUUCCACUCAUCACUGGAUAGUGAUGGUGGCGGUUUAUUUAUGCUGAAUGAUGCUUCCAGGAGCGCUGAAAUGAGUUUGUUAAAUGGCUCAUCAGGCCAGAUAUCACAAAGCCAGGGCCCCGAGGAAGAUGGGAGAGCGCCGGAUGUAGACGCUUCUUUCCAAGCUUCUCAUUGCCAGCAGGAAACCCUGGAAGGGCCUCCGGAAUCCGAGUCGACGGGAGAAGAAGCUGAAACUCCUCAAGAGCUUCAGGCUGAUGGGCCAGGUGAUCUGGCUGGCAAUGACAUUUCUGCCACCCAGGAGGCUGAGCAGCCAGCCACUGGUGUGGAUGCUGGUGCUUCUGAGUCUUCUCCUGGAGGCAGAAGAGGUAUUAGGGAAGCUGAAUCCAUUGACCAGGGAUCAGAGCCUUCUCAGAUCUCAUCAGAAACUGAGCAGAGCGACGCUGCUCGUACAGAGAGUGUUAGCGAAUCAAGCACUAGGCCAGAAGGAGAAAGUGACGUGGAAGGGGCUGAUGGCUCCUGCAAUGAAGGCACCACUCCCCGGCUCUUGUCUGUUGACACUCAAGGCUCUUCCUUCGAAAGCACCCGAUUUCCUGAGACUCCAGCCUUUUCUUCCCAGGAGGAGGAAGAGGGAGCUUGUCUAGCUGAAGCUGCUGACAGUGAGCCUCCCCCAGAAACGCAGGAAGUCGUGUGCACUCAGGCCUCUCUGCCUGCAGUGAACAUCCCACGCGCUCAAGAGGAGGGGCCGUUCUCUGAAGCAGGUGGGCUACAGGACAUUGAUGAGGCUGAAGAGAUCUGGCAGAGGAGGCAGAGUCUGCAGGCGGCAGCCGCUGCGCGUAGCCUGUCUCAAGAGGAAGAGGCUGGAGCGGCGCAGGCCGCUUGCGAGGGAGCUGCUUCGCAGGUGGAUGGAGCUAGUGGAGGUUCCCAAGCCAAUGACCAUCAGCCUCUGAGAUCACUUCCCUCAGUUCGCCAGGAUGUUACUCGCUAUCAGAGAGUGGAUGAGGCCCUGCCACCAAAUUGGGAAGCACGCAUUGACAGUCAUGGGAGGAUAUUCUAUGUGGACCAUGUAAACCGAACAACAACAUGGCAGCGGCCCACGGCUCCCCCAGCACAACAAAUCCUCCAGCGUUCCAACUCUAUACAGCAAAUGGAGCAGCUGAAUCGCCGGUAUCAGAGUAUUCGCCGAACAAUGACUAAUGACAGAACAGAGGAGCAACCAAAUGCCAUGGAUGGAGCUGGAGAAGAUGCUGACUUCCAUCAACCUAAUUCAGAUUUCCGCAGGGAGAAUGUUCUGCCUCAUUCUACCUCCAGAUCCAGGCUUACUUUACUGCUACAAUCUCCCCCUGUGAAAUUUCUUAUCAGCCCAGAGUUCUUCACAGUGCUGCAUUCUAACCCUAGUGCCUACCGCAUGUUUACAAACAAUUCGUGUCUGAAGCACAUGAUCACCAAAGUCCGACGGGAUACCCACCAUUUUGAGCGCUACCAGCAUAAUCGAGACUUGGUGGGCUUUUUGAAUAUGUUUGCCAACAAACAGCUGGAGUUGCCAAGGGGUUGGGAAAUGAAGCACGAUCAUCAGGGCAAGGCUUUUUUUGUCGACCACAAUUCCCGCACCACCACGUUCAUCGACCCACGGCUUCCUUUGCAGAGCAGCAGGCCAACCAGUGCUUUGGUCCACCGGCAGCAUUUGACGAGACAGCGCAGCCACAGUGCUGGUGAGGUAGGAGAAGAUUCUCGCCACUCGGGGCCUCCCGUUUUGCCAAGGCCGUCAAGCACAUUCAACACCGUCAGCCGGGCUCAGUACCAGGACAUGGUUCCUGUGGCAUACAAUGACAAGAUUGUUGCAUUUCUGCGACAACCCAAUAUCUUCGAAAUUCUACAGGAGAGACAGCCAGAUCUUACCAGGAAUCAUUCACUCAGGGAGAAGAUCCAGUUUAUUCGGACUGAAGGGACCCCAGGGCUGGUGCGCUUAUCCAGCGAUGCAGACCUCGUCAUGUUACUAAGUUUAUUUGAAGAGGAAAUAAUGUCAUAUGUACCGCCACAUGCCUUACUUCAUCCCAGUUAUUGCCAAUCGCCCCGAGGCUCCCCGGUGUCCUCUCCUCAAAACUCUCCAGGUACUCAACGUGCUAACGCCCGGGCUCCAGCUCCUUAUAAAAGAGAUUUUGAAGCCAAACUGAGGAAUUUCUACAGGAAACUGGAGACGAAAGGAUAUGGACAAGGCCCAGGGAAAUUGAAAUUAAUUAUCAGGAGAGACCAUUUGCUGGAAGAUGCCUUCAACCAAAUCAUGGGCUAUUCGAGAAAGGAUCUGCAAAGAAAUAAACUGUAUGUCACCUUCGUCGGAGAGGAAGGGCUGGACUACAGCGGACCUUCAAGGGAAUUUUUUUUCUUGGUAUCAAGAGAGCUCUUCAAUCCAUAUUAUGGCUUAUUUGAAUAUUCAGCCAAUGAUACAUACACUGUACAAAUCAGUCCCAUGUCUGCUUUUGUGGAUAAUCACCACGAAUGGUUCAGAUUUAGUGGUCGAAUCCUUGGUCUUGCUCUGAUACAUCAGUAUUUGUUAGAUGCCUUCUUUACACGACCAUUUUAUAAAGCCCUCCUCAGAAUACUGUGUGACCUGAGUGACUUGGAAUAUCUUGAUGAGGAGUUCCACCAGAGUUUGCAGUGGAUGAAAGACAACGAUAUACAUGAUAUCCUAGAUCUCACAUUCACUGUAAAUGAAGAAGUCUUUGGACAGAUUACUGAACGGGAACUGAAGCCUGGGGGUGCCAACAUCCCAGUCACAGAAAAGAACAAGAAGGAAUAUAUAGAGAGGAUGGUGAAAUGGAGAAUUGAGCGAGGUGUCGUGCAGCAAACAGAGAGUCUAGUACGAGGUUUCUAUGAGGUUGUUGAUGCUAGGCUGGUGUCUGUAUUUGAUGCAAGAGAACUGGAACUGGUUAUUGCUGGCACAGCAGAAAUUGACUUAAGUGACUGGAGAAACAACACUGAGUACCGAGGAGGGUAUCAUGACAAUCAUAUCGUAAUUCGAUGGUUCUGGGCUGCUGUAGAAAGAUUCAACAAUGAACAACGUCUAAGGCUAUUACAGUUUGUUACAGGUACAUCAAGUAUACCUUAUGAAGGUUUUGCUUCUCUGAGAGGGAGCAAUGGACCAAGAAGAUUCUGUGUAGAAAAAUGGGGGAAAAUCACUGCUCUGCCUAGAGCUCACACUUGUUUCAAUCGUCUUGACCUUCCUCCUUACCCAUCUUUCUCGAUGCUCUAUGAAAAGCUGUUGACAGCUGUGGAAGAGACAAGCACAUUUGGACUUGAGUAAAACAUAAACCACAGUGCCCAGCUUCUUGGACCUUUGUGGAACAAUCCUCAAAUAAUACACCAAUACUUGUAUUUCAUUACCAAGCAGAAAACUAUUUUACAAUGCAGUUUGAUUAAUGGGACUUCAUGACUAAGCAAAGCUGGAUUGGGGAGCACUUAAACAACCUCUGAAUUAGCCAUGCAAGUAUUCCAUAGCAAGGGGAGGGGGAUGGCCUGUAAGGAACACCAACAAAUCACGAUUGACUCUUUUUUUCUUCUUCUUCUGACCACCAAACUUUUAACAUUUGACGUGGUUUAAAAAUAAAGAGAUGUGAUGGCAAGUGAUCAGUAGCAUACUGAAAAAUCCUCCACUUCUCAAGAAUGGAUUUCACCAGAACACAAGAACUGAGUUCAAGGCAAAAUAUGAAAUUUGUUAGCCCACUGCGAAAUUGUAGAAGAUCAAAUGAAAACACUGGUGGUUUUUUUUAAUUAUUAUUUUAAAAAUCUGGUAGAAGUUAUUUCCCAACAAUACACUACUAUAUGUUGUAUACAAUACAAUACUAGAUUAUGCUAUACAUGCUAUACCUAAGACUAUGAGUGCCUGCAUGAGAUCAAUUGCAUUUCAAAGAUACAAUACAAAGAUUGAUUUUUCUGGGGCUUAAAAAGAUGAAGGAAAGUUGGCAACAAGAGAUGGACUAACAAAAUGACUUGCAAUUAGGUGGCUUGUACAAAUGUAUAUGCAAAAUAGUGUAUUCGGCAAAAGAUGAACUGUUAUAAGAGAUAAUGAUUGAAUUUAUGCUUUAUACUGCAUGAAGAGUGCUUUUUUUAAAGAAAAGAAAAAACUCACAGCAUAUCAGGAAAAAGAACUCUUACACAAUUACUUUUGUUUAUUUUUAUAGGUUCAUGAUAAUUGAGUUCCUUAGAGUGUAAAUAAGAAAAUAGCAAACAAAAUACUUUUUUUUCUUCUUUUCACUUUUCCAUACUUAGAUAUUGUUCUUGUGUUUGAUUCUUUGACCACUCUCAAGGGAAAUAUAUAUAUAGAUAGAUAUAUAUAUGCCUUUUAUUUUUAUAAGAAUAAGAUAUUCCUGGAACUAUUUUUUGCACUGAAUGUACCAAAGUCGAAGGGACAUUAUGAUCUGACUGACAGAAAACUGCAUCACUCAAACAAAUCUGUAGGAAGUAGCCGCUUUAAAGAACCGAGCCUUCUUCACAGUGCCAUGUCUGUAGAUAAUUUCAGGACUGUGCACAAUUAAGUAAUAAUUUUAUAAGGCUCACUACAUGUAAUAACGUGUAAUAUGCAUUUAUUUUAAAUGCAUUUGAUUUGUUUUUUUCAUUCAUCAACUAGUUUUAUGGAAUAGAGCUGGAUACCGGUAUUUCGUAUUUUCCCUGCAACUUUUUUUUGUACAGCACUACAGUGGAUCUGGAAAAACAAGAUGGGGGCAGCACUUAAAAGGAUGAACCUUCACGUAGGAAUGACUCCACUCUCAUGUUCAGCAGUGAGCCAUCUUCAAGAUGUAAACUGUUUGUAGUGUCUUUCUAAGCCUGCAUUUUCACUGAGUAGUUUUCUUAUCAAUGUUUAUUAAAAUGAAGUACUUUUCUAUGGUAUAUCUGAACGCAUGAAUCCACCAUGUUAAAUAAGCUUUUAAUUUUAGAAACAUUAAAAGAUUUUGAACCUCUUC